GCCAGCGGCGGUGAAGAUCGCGCCGGCACCUUCAGGGGUCAUUCAGGCUGCUUCAGCUCAAGCAGCGACCUCAGGAUCCAUCUUGACAUUGACCAUGGCUUCCACAGGUCUCAUUUGCGUCGGCACCUUCAUCGACGCACCUACUCAUGAGGCGCUCAGGGUACGGACGAACCACCUCUGCGUCGUCGACGGCAAAGGCAGGAUAGCGCUAUUUCAGUCGCUGCCCGAAGGCGUCGCUGAGGAUGGGGAGAGGAUCAAGACGUCUGUUCCGGAGGAGUACCGCGGCUUCGAGGUUCUGCUCAUGAAGGAAUGGGAGUUCGUCUGUCCUGGUAUGAUCGACUGCCACAACCACGCCCCGCAGUACCACCAGAUCGGGACCGCCACCGACUACACCCUCUUCAACUGGCUAUUCAAUGUGACUUUUCCGAACGAAGCCAAGUGCCGCGACCUGGACUACGCACGCGACCUCUACACGAAACUCGUGCAGCGCCUGCUCCGGAACGGGACGACAAGUGUGCAGUUCUUCGCGACGAAUGAUAUCGAGCCGACGAGGUUGCUCGUGGACAUCUGCGCGGAGCAUGGCCUGCGCGCUUUCGUAGGGCUUGUCACGGCCGACAGGGAUUCACCCGACUACUACAUCCACACGACGGAGGAGGCCCUCUCGCUUACGGAGUCAUUCGUCCAGUGGACGCUGGCACACCCGGCCGGACGGGACACGCUCGGUGAGCAGGACGCACUCGUACACCCAGUCAUCACACCGCGCUUCGUCCCGACAUGCACGCUCCCUCUCCUGCACGGACUGGGCGCACUCGCGGCCAAGUACGACGUGCGCGUCCAGUCCCACGCCGCCGAGACCGUCGACCAGGUGCUCCGCGUGAAGGCCCUGCACCCCACGCUCGGCGGCGGGCGCGACGUCGCGAUCUUCGAGUCUUGCUCGCUCCUCACCGCACGGACGACGCUCGCGCACGGCACGCACCUGCGCGACUACGAAGUGCGCCGCAUGGCCGAGGUCGGCGCGGCCGUCUCCGCGUGCCCCAUCGCGAACGUCCUGCACUCGCGCGCCGUCGUGCCCGCGCCGCGCUACAAGGCGCUCGGGCUCAAGCUCGGGCUCGGGACGGACAUCGCGGGCGGGUACUCCGCGAGCAUGCUCGGCCCGCUGAGGAUGGCGGUCGUGGAUGACCGCACGGACUCGUUCGUGGAGGUCGUGAGGGAGGACAUGCCCCUGGAGGCGUACCCGGACCCGGACCCGAAGACGGAGUGGCCUGUGGGCCACGUGUGGGCGUACCAUAUUGCGACGGUGGGCGGGGCGGAGGCGUUGGGGAUUGCGGAGCACGCUGGUACGAUCGACGUUGGGAAGCACUUUGAUGCUGUGUUGGUGGAUGGGAAUAGGGAGGAUCAGGCGUAUGAGUAUUGGCCUGGGGAGGCGAAGGAGAUACGGUUUGAGCGGUGGGUCAAUACGGGUGAUGACAGGAACGUCAAGGGUGUGUGGGUCCGUGGUGCGAGAGUGGUCUGGAAACAAUAAAUGAAGGUUGGACAGCAGUGUUUCCGGGUUGUCGUUUGACGUGAUCCAGAUGUUUGACGAGCUGAUUGUGUUCAUGCAGCCUGCGAUGCGAAUGUCUAGGCGAGUGUGUCCAACACAUAGGCGCGGCGUAGCUAAGGCCGUCAGCGGUAGUAUUGCUUGAUGCCCAAAAUCCAGUAUCGAGUAUGAUGUUAUGUAGGAGCUUCAGUCUUGAACGAGUACUACUGAACAGCCGUUUUAGAGUAC